UUUUCAACUAAUACCGCAGACGGCGUCCAAGACCGGAUAAAGGCAAACAACAUCAAAAAUACAGCAUGGUGCAAGGCUUCUUUUGAUUUUUCGUGCUCUAUUGAGAAAUUGAAUCCAUGGAAAACCCUAUGGGACCAUACAAGUAUUCGUAUUCCUUACUUGAUUAAAACAUUUCUUGACGUCCUAUUGCCGGCACCGCCGCCAUGGAGAAGAAGGUCUGCCGCGACCGUGACGCUUGGCGGUCUCAAUGGAGUAAUAACGUUGAUGAACACAACAUGCCACUAGGUAGAGUAUCAUGAUAUAUGUAUUAGUGGCUAAAAAGGAGGGAUAACCCCUUUGUCAUUCUCAGGAGACUUGAGUUCUUUUUCUCUAGUGGGAGUGCCAUAGUCAUCUCGACAGGAAGGUCCAGUUCAGCAUGGUUUUCGUGUCCUCGAUAGCGGCCACACUGGCCGUGGCCUUGUCGUUAACCCCGGCAGCGGUGUUCGGACACCCGGGAGAGAGAUAUGGAAAACUAGAGGCCAUGGAGGAGAUGGGAAACGCUCAGGUUGUCGCAAAGAUUAACAACAGGGCUUUGGAGGCGUGUCAAAAUCUAGAUGCAGUGAAGGCUCGUAAAGAACGUGCCAUGACUCGACGAUUAGAAACCUUCCAACGACUUCGCCGAGAAAGGGGUACAGAAAAAGGCCCAUGGUUACACCGCCGCGACGCAGAAGCGCUGCAGAAAUGGGCAGCGCUCACCCAUAACCGAACGGGCUCAGCCAACUUCAACAAGGAGACGCCGAGCAAGGAGAUCUUCGGGUCCAACACCAGCUGCGUGCUCACGCCAGACAACGCCAACGGGCCGUACUUCGUCUACCAGGAGCACAUCCGGUCGGACGUGGUCGAGGAGACGGUCGGCGUGCCGCUGCACCUCGAGCUGCAGUUCAUCGACGUGCAGACGUGCGAGCCGGCCAAGGAGAUCCUGAUCGACACGUGGUCGUGCAACGCGACCGGCGCGUACAGCGGCGUCAGCGCGCGCGGAGAAGGCGGACUGGGGACCACGUUCCUUCGGGGUGUCCAGCAGGUCGACGCGGACGGCGUGGUCAACUUCGACACCAUUUUCCCUGGCCACUACCAGGGCCGCGCCACGCACCAGCACCUGAUCGCGCACGUGGGCUCCGAGAUCCUGCCUAACGGGACGUACACGGGCGGGCGCGUGGCGCACUUAUCGCAGUUAUUCUUCGACCAGACGUUGCGCGACACGAUCGAGGCUACCGCGCCGUAUAACACGAAUCCGAUCCCGCAUACGACGAACCUGGCCGACUGGUUCACGGGGUACGCGGCCACGACGGAGUACGAUCCGUUCCCGAACUACAUCAUGUUGGGCGGUGAUUUGAAGGAUGGUCUAUUUGUCUGGGCGGAACUCGGCUUGAAUACUUCGUCGAACUGGGACCAUUAUGCACCAUACGCUUCGACCUGGAAGGAGGGUGGUGGAUACGAUAACCCGGAUUUCGAUUUCUGGGCCGUGGCUAGUCCACCACCAACGCAUGGUUGAUAGGGGAAAACAGCUAGUUGUGGUGGGGAACCUGAAUUGCAUUGUUGGGAAUAGGGACAUGUCGGUGAUAUGCUUGCUAAACGCUUUUAGGUCUUAUUAUUACACGGUAGGGAUGGCUUGAAGUUCUUGUAAUAACCCCAAAAGAAGCCAUUCACAAUAUACAAAACUCAGCUUUCAGUUAUAACUAAAUAAAACUUGGUAUAAGAACAGUUUGGCCAGGGAAUUUCCCCUUAUCAGUCAGGAGCUGGGCAUAUUCUCUCUAACAUGAGAUCAGCCGCUCUAUAUACGUCGAGUCAUAUAAAGAGUGAUCUAAAUACCAAGUUAUCCUCAUUCAAGGCGAGC